CAGAGUUAAGGCAUGCAACAAGCAGCUGGCAGCUUUGCAUUGAGAGAGCCAGGGAAGAGAUGCUGGUGGAGUGCUGAUCCCGGCCGGCUCCUCCCCCCGCACACAGACAGCGGACUCCGCUCUUCUCCCGGCUCAUACACAAGCAUACAUUCUCCGGGACGGAGCUCCCCAUCCUGAGCACUCCCUAUCCUGAGCGCUGCCUACUGGAGGACGAGGUGAUCGCAGGGAGCCGAUCGCAGGGGAGGCGGCACACACACUCACACACACGCCGCUCAUCUCUUACCAUCCGAUCGCCCAUUUCUCCGGGACUUGUGGAUGUGACAGCUCAGACCGGCCAGGCGAGCGACGAGGAGCGCUGAAGGGGGAGGCGGCUGGAGGAGACAGGGGGACAACACAGAGUGGCCACACUCACUCAAACCAAGGAUGAAGAAAGCAGCAUCGUGCUUCUACCUAUGGCUUUUCCUUCAGCUUCCCCUUAUUGGAUCUUCCUCCCAGGUGAAAUACAGAGUAGAGGAGGAGCAACCACCAAAUGUCUUGAUUGGAAGCCUGGCUGCUGACUAUGGAUAUCCAGACUCCAAACACUUGUACAAGCUGGAAUUGGGGCAUCCUUACCUCCGAGUGGAUGGCACGAAAGGGGACAUCUACACAACUGAGACUGCCAUUGACCGAGAGAGCCUGCGCGAGUGCCAGAACUUGUUCCCAGGCCAAGCAUGCUUCCUGGAGUUUGAAGUAUCUAUGACCGAUCUGAUGUCGCCAGUUCCCAGGCUUAUCGAUGGUCAGAUCGAGGUUUUGGACAUAAACGAUAACAGUCCUAAUUUUGCCUCCCCAGUACUCAUGUUGUCCAUUCCAGAAAACACGAAUAUCGGAAUGCUUUUUCCAAUCCCUGCUGCUACCGACCGGGAUUCUGGAGUGAACGGGGUGGCCUCCUACGAGCUGAUUGUGGGCCCUGAAGCACAUGAACUUUUUGGACUGCAAGUAGCCGAGGACCAAGAUGAGAAACAACCUCAGCUCAUUGUCAUGGGAAAUCUUGAUCGGGAGCAAAGAGACUCUUAUGAUCUCACCAUUAAAGUUCAAGAUGGUGGCAAGACCCCACGAGCCAGCAGUGCGCUACUGCGUAUCUCCAUCCUGGACACCAACGACAAUGCUCCCAAAUUUGAAAAGAUGGCUUACGAGGCAGUGCUGCCCGAGAACAGUCCAAUGGGGCAUUCUGUACUCCAGGUGAAAGCCAAUGACUCGGACCAGGGUGCCAAUGCUGAGAUUGACUAUUCCUUUCACCAGGCCUCAGAUACUGUUCGGAGGCUCCUGCACCUAGAUAGAUCAUCAGGUUUGAUUACAGUUCAGGGUCCCAUAGAUCGUGAAGAUGUUGGAAUGCUGCGUUUUUCAGUGGUGGCCAAGGACAAAGGAUCAAAUCCUAAAUCUGCCCGUACCCAAGUUACAAUUACUAUACGUGAUACAAAUGACAACAAGCCAGUAAUUGACAUCAGAGGGUUCGGCCUUGUAACACACCAAGAUGGUGUUGCAAAUAUAUCGGAAGAUGUCCCUGUGGAAACGCCCGUGGCAUUGGUACAGGUCUCUGAUAUAGACGAGGGUGAAAAUGCUGCUGUGACCUGUGUUGUGGCCAGGGAUGUUCCUUUCCAGCUGAAACAGGUUAGCGACACAGGGACUGACAGCAAAAAGAAGUAUUUCCUGCAAACCACCACACCGCUGGACUAUGAGUCUAUAAAAGAAUAUACUAUUGAAAUUGUAGCUGUUGACUCUGGCAACCCUCCUCUUUCCAGUACCAAUUCUCUUAAGGUGCAGGUGACAGAUGUGAAUGACAAUCCACCUAUCUUCCCCCAGAGUCUGAUGGAGGUGACCUUCAAAGAGAACAACUCUCCUGAUGAUAUUGUAAUGGAAGUUAGUGCAACCGAUGCUGAUAGUGGUUCAAACGCUCAGAUAUCUUACUCCAUACUUGCAGAUGCCAAUACUCGUGCAAUCUUUUCUAUCAACCCAGACUCUGGUCAAAUUAGAGUCAAUACCGUAUUGGACCGGGAACAGAGGGAACAUUAUGAUUUUCAUGUUGUUGCUGCAGAUAAAGGAUCCCCAAGUCUAAAAGGGACAGCUUCUGUUGUCAUCACUGUUCUGGACUGUAAUGACAAUGAUCCCAAGUUCAUGCUAAAUGGCUACAAUUUCUCAGUCAUGGAGAAUAUGCCUAGGUUGAGCCCAGUUGGAAUGGUGACAGUUAUUGAUGCAGAUAAAGGUGAAAAUGCUCGUAUCCAUCUCUCAGUGGAGCCGGACAGUGGAGAAUUUGUUAUCCAGAAUGGGACAGGCACUAUCCUUUCUAGCAUCUCCUUUGACCGGGAGCACCAGAGCACGUACACCUUCCGGUUGAAGGCGGUGGAUGGAGGGGACCCGCCUCGUUCUUCAUAUGUGGGUGUGACUAUAAAUGUCCUUGAUGAGAAUGACAAUGCUCCAGUUAUCGUUGUACCUUCAAACAUUUCAUAUGCUUAUCUUACUCCUUCUACACACCCAGGUACCCAGGUCAACAAGGUUCGAGCUGAGGACAUGGACACGGGUAUUAAUGCUGAACUUGUAUAUAGUAUCGCUAGUGGCAAUCCCUAUGAACUUUUUCAGAUAACACCCACAGGGGGUGAAGUAACCCUAGAAAAGCAGAUUUUAAGGAAGCACCAUGGCCUGCACCGUCUAGUAGUAAGAGUAAGUGAUCGAGGAAAACCUACCAGACAUGGCACAGCCUUAGUUCACUUCUAUAUCAAUGACACUUUAACAAACCAGACUUUUGUGGAAACUCUACUUGGUCACAGCCAGGAUACUCCAUUGAACAUUGAUAUUGCUGGGGAUCCUGAAUAUGAACAUAACAAACAGCAAAGAAUCAUCCUAUUUGGUGUGUUUGCUGGGAUUGUGGCAGUUGUCGUAGUCAUUGUGGUGGUUGUUUUGGCUCGAUACUGCAGACAGAAGGAAGCGAAGAGUGGCUAUCAGGCUGGUAAGAAAGAAACAAAAGAUCUGUAUGCCCCAAAGCAGAGUAAUAAAAACGGUAAAAAUAAAAUUAAAACAAAGAAGAACAAAUCUCCAAAGCCACCCAAACCAGUAGAGGAGGAUGAAGAAAGUGGGCUGCAGAAGUCCCUUAAGUUUAAUCUGAUGAGUGACUCUGUUGGGGACAGCCCAAGGAUUCAUCUUCCUUUGAAUUACCCACCCGGGAGUCCGGAUUUGGGGCGUCAUUACCGCUCAAACUCUCCCCUGCCAUCCAUCCAACUGCAGCCACAAUCCCCAUCUGCCUCCAAGAAGCACCAGGUGGUACAAGACCUACCGGCUGCCAACACCUUUGUUGGCACUGGGGACAACAACUCCACUGGCUCUGAUCAGUACUCGGAUUACAGCUAUCGGACCAAUCCCCAGAAAUACAACCAUAAGCAGUUACCUCAUCGCCGAGUGACGUUCUCUACAUCCAACCAGGCCCCUGACCUCCAGGACCCUUCUCAGCACAGCUACUAUGACAGCGGCCUAGAGGAAUCGGAGACCCCGAGUAGCAAGUCGUCCUCUGGGCCAAGAAUAGGGCCUCUCGCUCUCCCAGAAGACCACUAUGAGAGAACCACCCCUGAUGGCAGCAUCGGUGAGAUGGAACAUCCUGAAACUGAUCUCAGACCACUGCCUGAUGUAGCCAUGACGGGAAACUGCACACGGGAAUGUACAGAAUAUGGACACUCUGACACUUGCUGGAUGCCUGGCCAGCCAUCACCCAACCGCAGGCCCAAGAAUGCCCUCAAGCUCUCCACUUUUGUGCCUUACCAAGACAAGGGGAGUCAAGAGCAAAUUGGCAAUGGCAACCCCAGAAUUCCAGAGGACCGCAUCGGAGGCAACAAUAACAGCACCACCAAAAUGGCUAACAUUCAGCUGUUACCGACUUACAGUGCCUUUACCAGUAACAGCCAUGAGUCGUCAUGUACGGACUCCCCUUUGGAGGAAAUCCCACUAACCCAAACGGCUGAUUUCCAGCACGCCACCACUCCUUCAUCCCAAUCUGCCAAGCGGGAGAUAUAUCUGUGAGAUUCACUUGACCCUUUUUUGUUUCCUGGCAUGGAUUAAAGUCAAAAGGACCAAGGGAAGAAUUUGGGAGAUAGACCUAAACCAAGCUAACUUUUAAAUGAAGGAGAAAAAAUUAAAGGUGGACAAAGGACAACACAGUGCUUUAUGGUCCAUGCAACUGCUUCUGGGCUUGCGCCUACAUUGAUUUCUAGUGUUUUAUUUUUGUUUGUUUUUUCCUUUUCAGGUUUAUUUUAUUAUACCUAUGUAAAGUUUCAAACCACCCUCUACAUAGACAAUUCAUUGUCAUAAAGGUCAGAACUGGAUUUGAAGAAGGGUGGGGGGAGUUUUUUAAGGUAUAGUUUUUAUAUAUGUAAAAAGGGAGCUUGCAUUUUGGUUUCUCAUGCUCAAAGAGGGAAACCUCAAAGCAAAGGAGGACUUUAUAAGCCAUUCUGGUUCUGGUUUCAGUUUGAAAAUGUCUAAAAAAAAGUUCUUGGUGCUCUUCUGGUACAUAGGUUUGAAUGUCCUCAUUAUUAAGAAAGUCGCUUCUUUGUGAUAACUGAAGUGGAUGAAGGCUUCUGAUUUUUCGCUGUGCUAUUUAAACCUAGUUCUGAGUCCUUGCAGUUUUUCUAUGCGUUUGUGGGUAGAGGAAAUUUUUACAUCUGACGUUGGGCUUUGUAACCAAUUUCUCCACUAGGAAGAAAAACACAAGGUCAUGCCAUUAUCUAAAUUCCAAGCUUUCUUGAAGAUCCCACUCCAAUGCGCACGCCUCUGGACUCCAAAUUCUUUUUAAAUAUCUGGUACCAAGUCCUUUUUCAUUUUACAUUUGGAAUACAUUUUACCGGAAAUAUUUUUGAUAUUUACUCUGAGGCUUAAAGCCCACAGUUUUUUUUUUUCUUUAUUGGCCUAAAAUAUACUUCUUAAACACGGCAUGCAGACUUCAAAGUUGACAUUUUUCUUUUUCUUUAUAACCUAGCGGUUUCCUGGUAUAUAGGUGGUAACUGCUGUUUUAGGGUCCAAUUGCUAUCAACAGUGCUUAUUUAGAUAAAGAAGGUACAUGCAUCUGGUGUUUGUUUUGAAUGGUGUCCACGUGUCUGUUUUUGAAGCCAACAAAUAACUUAUAUAACGCCGUUAUUUAAAAUUCACAAUAAUUUUAUGCACAAUUUUGUUUUACAUUUGGUUUAUUGCAUGUUAACUUUUAAGUAAGGACUGCUCACAAUUUGGUUGAGGAUAGCCAAGUGCCAGAGGAUGCUCCCUCAGGUGUGUGAUACAAGAUGGCCUGUUCAAAGUAGUUCUGUGAAUCUUAAAAAGGGCCGUCAACCAAUAGGAGGGGGAUAACAUAUGCCAAAGGUGCCAACUGAAUGAGUAUAGAUGUUUUGCAAUGGAAGCCUGAAGGGGACCAAACUGUAUUCUAUCUGCAUAUCUAACUUAUCAAUACAGGGUAAGCUGCGACUGACCUUUUCAUGUAGACUUCUGUAAAUACGAUCCCUUUGAAUGAUGAUCAAGUCUGCCUGAUUUCAGCUUUUUAAUGUUGCAAAUACCCUUUAUUAUUAUUUAUUUGUUCUGCACUCUCCAAAGUGGUCGAAAGAAGAUUUGGCACUUUGGCAAUGAGAGCAUGUAGAUUUUUUUUAAAUAUUCCUUUUUAGUUGGAGGCAUUUCAUCCUGUUCUCAUCUACUGGAGAAAGGAAAGCUCGUCUCCGGAGUAGAAAGGUUAAGUUCCCCUAUGUGUAUUCCUGUCAAAUGAUGAUACAUACUAAUUUGCACAUAAUUGGCCUAGAUUUGCUAAGUGAAAGUUGCUAUUUUUUAAUGUGACUCUUCACCUGUGAAUUGCACCACAGUCUUCACUGAAAAUGAUUUAACAAGUUUGUUUCAUACGGUUUCUAGCUAAAAAUACAUUUAGCACAUUUGCUGGGGGAUAAAAAAGAGCAAAUAUCACAAGUCAAAUCUAGAUCAAAUGUCAGGGGUUUUAACCUACAAAUUGAAACUGGUUGUCUCGAUACUCAUAUGCCAGCUGCCAGAGUCAUUUUUUGGGGGGGAUUUGGAAUUAAUUUUUGUACCAUUUUAUAACAUUGUGUGCAUGUGGAAAAAGUAACAGAAUUGUUUUGCAUUUGAGACUACUUACAUUUUAAAGGACCUUCACUCUGUUGUUAUCCACAAGGUACUGUUUACACUAAUCGGUUUUACAUUGUGUGCCGGCUCUGUGUUCAUGGUUUGCUCAGCCAUUUAAAAAAUUGAAUUUUUAUAUACACAUUAUGGAAGCCUAUAUCCUGGUAAAAUAUAAUACUGUACUCAUUUAAGUCAUGUCGUAUGAGGAAGACCAGCCUCAUUAAUGAUUGUGUACCAUUAGCUAUCAACAUUCUAUUUUUUAAUUCACACGUAUUGGGGUUGUUUUUGAUGUUUUAUCCAUGUACACGUCUUUAAAAGUUUUGCACUAGAACUGUAUAGAUUUUUACAAGGUUGUUUACGGCCAUACCGACUUAUUAAGAAGACAGUGGUGUACUAAGUAACCAAUAUUAACCAGACAAAUCUCUGUUUAGAACAAUUAAAGGUGGUUGCUGAUUGGUUGGGUUUAUAAUUGGGCUACUGCUUUUUAAGACUUCGCCCUUUAAUAAGCUCAUGUACUACAAUGGUGUAAUUGUCUGCAGCUACACAGUGUCCAGGGUCUAUUUUUCUGAAGUUAAACCAUGCAUUUAAUUGGUUGCUGAAUGUUGUGUUCUCUGCAAACACCCCCCAGAUUUUUACCAAUGUUGACAUCAAGCCAUGAAAGUAUUUAGUAGGAAGGUAUUUGUGUCUCCCAAAGCUCCGAGUCUUGCUUUUAGUUAUCAACCGUUUCUAACCAGCACUGGAGGAUUAAAAGUUGGCAUGUGAUUGGUUCCCUUAAGACUAUAUAUACUAGAAGCCUAGUUUGUUUUAAGGCAUAUUUGGAAAUCAUAUACUGAUCUCAUUGAAGCCUUUAACAACGAUGUACUGUUCAUCUAGUAUCUGUUCUAUAGAUACAGAAUGCUUUAACCUAAUUAGAGAAAAAUUUGGCCCUCCCCUCUUACCUGUACAGCCAGGUUGUUCACCAAAAUAAUACUGCCAAGCCUAGGUAUCAGCCUCUUCAUCGCAGCACCUAUGGUCCCACACCUCCUUUUUUUUUUUUUUUUUCUUCUGACAUUACGGGAGGGGGGGGGGGAGAAGAGUUUGCUGUGUCUUCUGGGUUGUUCAACCACCAUGAUGACCUACAUGUGUUGUGCCUUCAGGGAGGUGACUGCAAAAAACACGAAUAGGCAGCUGGCUCCCCUGAUAACAGUUUUGCACAUGCAUUAUAGAGUACCCUUUGACCUCCUGGAACCCCUGAUGUGGGUAUCCCAGGAAGUUGAGGGCACAGUACAUGUUAGGACAGACAUACUAUCAAUUUCGUUAGAGGAGGAGAGGAAGGAAAAUGAAAAAGUUGUCUGGGAGAUAACAUUUCCUCUUUAAAGUUCAAGUACCUUUUGUCCACAGAUAGGUAGCCAUUUUGUGGGUUGUAUUCAUAAGAAGAAGCUUAACUAGUGAGAAUGCCUAAAUAAUUUACAGACUGCAUUCUGACAAAUACCUGGUUGUAUACAGUUUGGCCAGGUUCACUGCAUGAAGGUGAAGUACAGACUAGGAGGUUUUUUGUUCUUUAAAACCCACCAAAUUGAUGGGAAACGUGGAGCUGGACAUAUUUUUAAUGGAUUUAGGAUUACAAGUAACAAAAAAGACUUCAAGAUCUGAAUGCUGUGCUAAAGAAAAGAAGAUGCCAACUUUGGUGUCAUAGGCUUACAAAUAAUUAACCUUAAACCUUUCACUUUAUAGCGGGUUCCCAGCUAUUGUCAGUUGAGAUGUUCUCUUUAUCUCCAAGUUAAAAGAAAGGGAGCUUGGUACUGCCAUAAAAUCUAGGCCAGAAAUACAUAGUCCGAGCUUCAGGUCCUACAUUCUGGAUUUGGGUUGUCUAGGCUGUUGGUUAUGCUCCACAUAACAUUGCCAAUCACAUCUUUCAACCUCUUGAAACAGCAAAACUUUCAUGUCCUAGAAAAAAUUGGCAUUAAAAAAGUAGACACUUACCAGGCUGUAGUACAGAAAGGCAUGAUGCUUUAACAAGCAGGAGCCUAAAUUGAAAUCUGCGACGGCCUCUAUAUCUAACAUCCUGCUUUUUCCACCUAACAGUGAAAAGGUCCUUUUGUUAUGUAUAGAUAUAUAUUAGAUUCAAAAUAGUGUGAUUGCGAUAGAGAUCUUUGUAGCCAUGUCCAAGUUUUUGUGCACCCUAGUAUAUUAAAGCAACUCAGGCAUAUCCUCGGUUUUGUCUAUUUUGGGUCUCUGUAACAAUCCGCAAAUCAUGUGCUUCCUCAUCCUUAUAGCUCAUGCUGCACAGGGUUAAAUCUCUGCUGCUCUUUAACUUAACACAUACUGCCUGUUGUAAAUAUAAUUUCUCAUAAAUGCACUGUCAGUUUUGGGGUCUUUGCCUCUAUGUUAUUAAGCGAUUUUCCUGUCUUCUUUCUGCUUGUUAAGAGAGUCUGGCCGGAAGAUGGUGGCACACACCGUUCCAAGCUAGUAAGUGACGGGUGAUUGUGUUGGAGCCAAAUGUUGCUGCAGCAUGUUAUAUUAUGACACUGGCACAUUUAAACUUUAACACAAUCUCUGUCUUGGUGGAUUGUUAAUUAUCCACUGCUGUCCUUCAAUCACUUCCCAUCUAAUGCCUUUUUCGCAUUUUCUUGCCCCAGUGUUUCCUGUGUUAGACAGUAGGGCCCUUCAGCUCCUCUUGCACAUAUAAUUGUUGCUUCAUUAUUAGGGGUGAAAAUGUUUGCAGUUUUAAAAAAAAAAUCUAUUUUUCCUGCAGUUAUUCUUGACUUUUAAGUGUGAUCGAUUAGAAUGUUUGGACAUCUUGUCACUGGCACCAUAAGAUACUUGGACUCAGGCUUUUGACAGGUACAGAGCUCAGGCUGUGACAGGUACAUAGUGUAAAAACAAAUUGUGCUUCGUCAAAUAAGUAGCGAUAGGACACAUGUAAUUGGCUUCCUUUCAGGAUCGAGCCUUGUUUGCAGGACAUGUAGAGCAUGAUGGGAGAUUUUUGUCUCUUCCUGCAACACUGCCAUUCUCAAUUCUAAACUGAUCCUUUUUUCCAUAUUGUAAGAGUUCAUAACAUUUUUCAGAUACAGAACAACUGCCUAUUGUAAGGGAAUGACUAUUUAUAUACUACUGAUGUCAUUUGAACUAUGAAUAGAGGUCUUGCUUCUGUAUGUUGGGCAUGGAAAAGGAUUUAGGGUCUGGUUCAGAGCAAACAAUCUUGGGAUUAAUUGCAGGGUCCUUUUCUGCUAUGGUAUCCUUAAUCACCCAUUGUGACACAGUCAUGAUGCUUGAAAGAUGAAUGAUAUGGAAGCAUAGUGUUUUGUGGCUGAUGGUUUUGAAACACCAUGUGAUUUUAUUUUAUUUAUAUUGCCCAGUAAUUCUACCCACCAACAUUCCUUUCAGUAUGAGUUUAACAAAAAAAAUACAUACAUACCUAGGUGAAUGCAGCAUCAAUCCGAUGCUGCAUUGGUCCCCACCAGCUCUGCACUGAGAAUUGAGCAAUCAUACACCACUGAUCCCCGAGUUCUCCCCCUCCACUCUUAGCGGGGAGCCAUGGCACUCUGCUCAGCCCCUCAGGUGCUCACUGGUGCGCUGAGCUAUGGAGAGGCUGGCUCAAGCUCUCACUGGAGCGCUGGGCUGUGAAGGGGCUGGCUCAAGCUCUCACUGGAGCGCUGGGCUGUGAAGGGGCUGGCUCAAGCUCUCACUGGGCUGUGAAGGGGCUGGCUCAAGCUCUCACUGGGCUGUGAAGGGGCUGGCUCAAGCUCUCACUGGAGCGCUGGGCUGUGAAGGGGCUGGCUCAAGCUCUCACUGGGCUGUGAAGGGGCUGGCUCAAGCUCUCACUGGAUUUGCUCAGUGAUGUAAGCAGACAGCGUGCUAAAGGAGUGCAGAACGAGCUGUGCUCCUGUGAUCUACAGAAGAAUUAUAGCCAAAUUGGCUUUGGCUAUACUUUUAAAUAAGGUAUUUUUCCAGCUGGGGCAGUUCUUAAAAAGUUUCAUUCAUAUAUUGAUUUUUGAAUGUUAAAAGAAAAGAAAAAACAAUCAGUGCCAACAUUCACAAACCUAAUUGGAAAAAGUAUGUUUAAAUUUAGUUUGAACGAAUCAGCAAUUAUCCACCAAGAACAGCCAACAGUCCAUUCAAUCCAGGCUUCCAGGCAGGUACUGUAUAUUAAACUCAUUAUUUCACUUCUAAUUGUGGGAAGAGAACAGGAAAUCAUCCACAGUUAGUUGAACUUGGAGGCCAAAUUUAGGGAGCACAGAAAUUCACACUUCCAAGCUUUGCAAAUUUUAUGUUACAAAAUUGUUGACACAAAUGGAGCAUUAUUAAAAUGUGCACAGGUUGAAAACAUGGCAGUUUCUGUACUUUACUAAUGAUUUGCAUUAUACAGUUUACCAAAAAAAAAUAAAAUAAAAAAAAUUGAAUUGGGGAUUAGAAUUAAAAAUUGCUUUAGCUAAAAUACACACCAUUUGGAAUAAAACGCAGUAUGCAGAAAUUGCCUGGUUUUCUGGCUGUAAUAAAUGUAAGUAACCUACUGUCAAAAAAUGUACACUGAGCCACAGCACAAGAAUCCAUGCUUUGUUUUGUGACAACCUUGUUCUUUGCAACAUGUAAUAGAAUUGGUUAAAACAAUUGUUGUAAAGCCUACAUAAAACAUUAUUUUACAUUUGAUGCCUACACUAUGUUUUAUUUAUUUUUUUGGACAAAUACCAAAGGUACUAAAAUUGAAGUGAUGGUAAAUUGGGCCAAAGUGGCUACAGAAGGUGGAGUAGUCUGAUGCGGAGUGUUUUACAAAAAUCCACAAAACACAAAUGUAUAAAAGGAAAAAAAAUAAAAAGCCUGUUUUUUAGAUUUUAGUGUUGAUUCUCUUUGCCCCUGAUCUAUUGAGGUGUCGACAAUGUUAGGUGUUCACCGUGUAUCCAACAAUGGAAAGGGGCUAACACAAAAAUUUAAUUUACUUGCUUGUGAUGCUGCCUUGUUUUGUACAGUUUUAUGUACAUGAAAGUGUUGCUUUUUAAUAUAUAAACCUUUAAAGAAAUAUAUAUAAAAAUUCCCAAACGAAAAAAAAAAAAAACUUGAUUGAAAUUACUAUGGCAAAGUAUGUAACUAUUUUUAAAAUGGGUAAAUUAAUAUGUAUAAUCAGAAGCUUAUCGUCACAUUUUUCUCGGUUUGUAAAUCUUUGAUGUAUUUUUUUUUUUCUCCCCAAGUGACCCAAACCUUGACCUUUCUCUCUGGGAAGUUUUUCUAUCUUCUCUUCCAGUUUUAAUUUUAUAAUGUUUAUUUCUACAUUUUAUUUUGUCCAUUUUUUUUUUGUUAUUCCCUGCCCUGCUUUUAUUUCACUAUCCCCGUGAACACAUUGUUUUCUUUCCGUUUUCUUUAGGUUGUUCCCUGUUGUUUUUUUUUAAUUGUUUCAGCAUGGCAAGAAUAAAACAAAAUGUGGUCUGUCUAUUACCGUUUUUACUUUUCAGAUACAUGAAAAUAUUUCUGUUCUGUUUGCGGAGCUGUCAAAUAAAGAAUUCCAUUGUAAUUAUACUUCAAAAA